GGAUGAUUGCCUGCAGCAGUAUGUCCAUAAAUUUGAACGAGAGAAGAUAAAUGGUGAACAGCUGUUACAGAUUUCUCACCAGGACCUUGAAGAUUUGGGUAUCUCACGGAUUGGACACCAAGAACUGGUUCUAGAGGCUGUGGAUCUCCUGUGUGCACUGAACUAUGGCCUUGAAACAGACAACAUGAAGAACCUGGUUCUCAAGCUGCGAGCAUCAUCCAACAAUCUGCAAAAUUACAUCAGCAGCCGCAGGAAGAGUUCAAAUUAUGAUGGAAAUACCUCUCGCAAGCCCCCCAAUGAAUUCCUUACUUCUGUGGUAGAGCUUAUUGGUGCUGCUAAAGCUUUACUUGCAUGGUUGGACAGGACUCCGUUUACAGGUAUUGCUGACUUUUCAUCAAUGAAGAACAGAAUCAUUCAACUCUGCUUGGAUCUCACUACUACUGUUCAGAAGGACUGCACUGUGGCUGACAUGGAAGAUAAAGUUCAGACUGUAGCCAAGACUUUAAAUGGCAUUUGUGAUAGAGCUAUCCGGUCAACUACAGAUCCAUUGAUGAGCCAGUGUGCGUGUCUGGAGGAGGUUCAUUUAACCAACAUUAAACCUGGGGAAGGCCUGGGAAUGUACAUCAAAUCAACUUAUGAUGGAUUGCAUGUAAUUACUGGAACUACAGAAAACUCCCCUGCUGACCGAUCUCAGAAGAUUCAUGCUGGGGAUGAAGUGAUCCAGGUUAAUCGGCAAACUGUGGUUGGAUGGCAACUAAAAAAUCUGGUGGCAAAGUUGCGAGAGAAUCCUGCUGGAGUUAGGCUGCUGCUUAAGAAACGUCCUACUGGCUCUUUCCAUUUCACUCCUGCUCCACUAAAGAACCUGCGCUGGAAACCACCCUUGGUGCAGACCAGUCCUCUGCCAGCUUCAACCCAGUCACCAGAAAGCACCACGGAUACCUCACUGAAAAAAGAGAAGCCAGCCAUUUUGGAUCUGUAUAUACCACCUCCACCAGCUGUUCCGUAUUCUCCUCGAGAUGAAAAGGGGAGUUUUGUAUAUGGAGGAGGCAACAAACCCAGCCAGCCACUACUGGGAUCCAAGGGUGCUGAAUCUCCCAAUUCUUUUCUGGAUCAGGAGAGUCGAAGGCGAAGGUUUACUAUUACUGAUUCAGAUCAGUUGCCUGGAUAUUGCUUGGAAGCAAAUAUCCUACCAGCCAAGAUGAGGGAAAAAACACAGUCUUAUGGAAAACCUCGUCCUUUGUCAAUGCCAGCUGAUGGGAGCUGGGUAGGAGCUGCAGAACCCUUCUCUAGGCCACGAGCACCAGGGAGAAAAGGCAAGUAUGGAAGUGAAGAUGUCCUCUGCAGGUACUUCAGUAAUGAAAGGAUACCCCCAAUAAUUGAAGAAAGUCCCUCCAUGCAACACCCCCUCUCAAGGCCAAUGUCUGACAAGCAUUUAGUGAGGGGAACGGAUUAUAUUCGAGGCAGCAGGUGUUUUAUGAAUACAGACCUCCACAACAGUGCAACAAUUCCUUUUCAAGAGGACGGUGCUAAAAAAUCCUCUGUUACAUCAUCCACAAAAUCUUCCUCUGCAGAGCCCUCACUGCUGGUCAGUUGGAUCACGAGACUGAAAUUGUUGACUCAUUGA